CAGCGGCCUCCUCCCCUCCCCUCCCCCGCGCCGCCCUGCCGCGGGGAGGGGGCUCGCGUCGCCGCCUCCAGCCGCUCCCGAUGAAGCAGCUGCCGCCGCAGCCGCCUCCGAAGAUGGGGGAUUUCUACGACCCCGAGCACCCAACCCCUGAGCUUUCUUGGCUGAAUGGCAAUAGAGAAGAAGAAAAUGAGGCAAAAAUUGAAAAUGUGCAGAAAACAGGUUUCAUCAAAGGACCAAUGUUCAAAGGUGUUGCUUCUAGUCGAUUUUUGCCCAAAGGCACCAAGACAAAAGUUAAUUUGGAGGAACAGGGACGACAGAAGGUGUCAUUCAGCUUCAGCCUUACAAAGAAGACUUUGCAGAACAGAUUUCUGACUGCACUUGGAAAUGAAAAGCAAAAUGAUACUCCAAACUCCCCAGCUAUACCUCUCCAAGCAGAUUCGACCCCUAAAAUUAAAGUGGACAUUGGAGAUACUUUAUCUACUACAGAAGAAUCUUCCCCACCAAAAUCAAGGGUGGAAUUGGGAAAAAUUCAUUUUAAAAAACAUCUACUUCAUGUAACAUCUAGGCCGCUGCUGGCUACUACCACAGCAGUAACAUCCCCACCUCCUCCCACAGUACCAUUACCAGCAGUUAUAGCAGAAUCAACAACUGUAGACUCACCACCCCCAUCUCCACCUCCACCACCUCCACCUCCCCAAGCCAAAGCACCCUCAACACCAGCACCAGUAACAGAGCCAGUGGCCUUGCCACGUACACCAAUACCAGUUCUGAUGACAGCACCAAUGCCCUCACCAGUAGAUGUAGCAGUUAGAGCCCUGAAAGAACCACUGGUUACAGUUGUGUCAGAGUCUUUAGAAGUGGACACUAAGCAGGACGCUGUAUCUAAUAGCUCGGAAGAACGCAUAACUCACACUUCGAAUGAGCAAGCAGAUAUUCCCUCACAAAAAGGAGAUUCCCAUAUUGGGAAGGAAGAAGAAAUUCCAGAUAGUUCUAAAAGUAGUCUGGGCUCUAGAAAAACAGGUUCUAAGAAGAAAUCUUUACAAUCUGAAGGCACCUUUUUUGGUUCAGAAUCUGAUGAAGAUUCUGUACGGACUUCCUCAAGUCAGAGAUCACAUGAUUUAAAAUUUUCAGCAAGCACUGAAAAGGAAAGAGAUUCAAAAAAGAGCUUAGCAUCUCUGAAAGGUGAGGAUUUAGGGAAAUCUUCACGAUCUAAAACAGAGAGAGAUGAUAAAUAUUUUAGCUACUCAAAACUUGAAAGAGAUACUCGGUAUAUAUCUUCCCGAUGUAGAUCAGAGAGAGAGCGAAGGCGGAGCAGAUCUCGUUCUAGAUCUGAUAGAGGCUCUAGAAGUAGUUUAUCCUAUUCUCGAUCAGAACGAUCCCAUUAUUACGACUCUGAUCGUCGCUACCAUAGGAACUCCCCUUAUCGAGAGAGGACACGCUAUUCUCGACCAUAUACAGAGAACAGGGCACGAGAGAGUUCUGACUCAGAAGAUGAGUAUAAGAAGACGUACUCAAGGCGCACCUCAUCUCAUUCCUCCUCUUACAGAGACCUAAGGACAUCAUCAUCCUAUUCUAAAUCUGAUCGGGACUGUAAAACCGAGUCCUCUUACAUAGAAACAGAGAAAAGAGGAAGGUAUUCUUCAAAACUAGAAAGAGAAUCCAGAAGGACUUCAGAAAAUGAAGUAGUGAAAAGGUGUUCUCCGUCUAAUGAUCUGGGAUUCCGACGGGGGUCAUCAUAUUCUAAGCAUGAUAACAGUGCUUCUCGUUAUAAAGCUGCCCCUUCAAAACCUAUACCCAAGUCUGAUAAAUUUAAAAAUUCUUUCUGUUGUACAGAAUUACAUGAAGGAAUCAAACAGUCUCAUUCUUUUAGUUUACAGACUCCUUGUUCAAAAGGUAGUGAAUUAAGAAUGAUUAAUAAAAUUCCUGAAAGAGAAAAGACCAGGUCUCCAUCACCAUCAAAUCAAUUAAAUGAUUCACCAACUUUUAAAAAGCUAGAUGAAUCGCUUAUUUUUAAGUCUGAAUUUAUAGGCCAUGAUAGUAUUAAGGAAUUAGACUCUUUGUCUAAAGGGAAGCAUGAUCAAUUAAGAACUUACUGUCCUGUAGAACUAAAUAUAAAUGGAUCUCCUGGAGCAGAAUCUGAUUUGGCAACAUUUUGCACUUCUAAAACUGAGACUGUUUUAAUGUCUUCUGAUGAUAGCGUGACUGGAUCAGAGGUAUCCCCUUUGAUCAAAGCAUGCAUGCGUUCGUCAAAUGGAUUUCAGAAUAUUAGUAGAUGUAAAGAAAAAGACUUGGAUGCUACUUGCAUGCAGCAUAGUAAGUCAGAGAGCCCGUUUAGAGAAACAGAACCUCCAGUGUCACCACACCAGGAUAAACUCAUGACAUUGCCAGUUAAGGUGAUAGAUUAUUCCAAAACAGUAGUUAAAGAACCAGUUGAUAUGAGAGUUUCUCGCUGCAAAACCAAAGAUUCAGAUAUAUACUAUACUUCAAAUGACAGCAACCUUUCUUUGUGUCAUUCCGAAGCUGAGAAUACUGACCCUUCAGUUACAAAGAUUUCUUCCAAUAGCUUUAUGAAUGUUCAUUUGGAAUCAAAAACAGUUAUAUGUGAUAAUAGAAAUCUGACAGAUCAGAACUCAAAGUUUGCAUGUGAAGAAUAUAAGCAGAGUGUUGGUAGCACUAGUUCAGCUUCUGUUAAUCAUUUUGAUGAUUUAUGCCAACCUGUAGGGAGUUCAAGUAUUGCUUCACCUCUUCAGAGCUUUCCACCAGGAAUAAAAAUGGACAGUUUAACUCUCUUGCGGUGUGGAGAGAACACAUCUCCAGCUUUGGAUGCUGUGCUGAUGAGUAAAACAAGCACAGAGUUUUUAAAACAUGCAGGGGAAGAAACAAUAGUAGAAGUGGGUAGCCGCCUUCCUGAUUCAAGAAGGGGAUUUUCUUCCUGGGAAAACAGGCAUAAUAAUGGGUUAUCUGGGAAAUGCUUGCAAGAGACUCAAGAAGAAGGAAAUUCCUUAUUACCUGAUAGAAGAGGAAGACCAGAAAUCUCUUUAGAUGAAGGAGGACGAGGACAUGCGCAUACUUCUGAUGAUUCAGAAGUUGUAUUUUCUUCUUGUGAUUUGAAUUUAACCAUGGAAGACAGUGAUGGUGUAACUUAUACCUUAAAAUGUGACAGUAGUGGCCAUGCCUCAGAAAUUGUUUCUACUAUCCAUGGAGAUUAUUCUGGUUCUUCUGAAAGUUCAAGUGAUGAAAGUGAUUCAGAAGAUACAGAUUCUGAUGAUAGCAGUAUUCCAAGAAACCGUCUCCAGUCCAUUGUGGUUGUGCCAAAGAAUUCUACUUUGCCUAUGGAAGAAACAAGCCCUUGUUCUUCUCGGAGCAGUCAGAGUUACAGACACUAUUCCGACCACUGGGAAGAUGAGAGGUUGGAGUCAAGGAGACAUUUGUAUGAGGAAAAAUUUGAAGUUAUAGCAAAUAAAACCUGUCCUCAGACUGAGAAGUUUUUUCUUCAUAAAGGAGCAGAGAAGAACUCAGACAUUUCUUUUGCACAGUCCAGCAGAAAACAAGUGGAUAACCACCUGUCUGAAAUGGCUCAUCCUCAGAGUGACGGGGUUGAUAGCACAAGUCAUACAGACGUGAAAUCUGACCCUCUAGGCCAUCCAAAUUCGGAGGAAAUAGUAAAAGUCAAAAUAGCUUCUAGGCAACAAGAAGAACUGCCAGUUUAUUCUUCUGAUGAUUUUGAAGAUGUCCCAAAUAAGUCUCGGCAACAGACUACUUACCCUCACAGGCCAGAUAGUAGACUGGGGAAAACAGAGUUGAGUUUUUCUUCCUCUUGUGAGAUCUCUCUAGUUGAUGGCUUCCACUCAUCAGAAGAGCUCAGAAACUUAGGGUGGGACUUCUCUCAACCAGAAAAGCCUACUACCACGUAUCAGCAACCUGACAGCAGCUAUGGAGCUUGUGGUGGACACAAGUACCAGCAAAGUGCAGAACAGUACGGUGGGACGCAUAGUUACUGGCAAGGCAAUGGCUACUGGGAUCCAAGAUCAGCAGGCAGACCUCCUGGAACUGGAGUUGUGUAUGACCGAAUUCAAGGGCAGGUACCAGAUUCCCUAACAGAUGACAGGGAAGAGGAAGAGAAUUGGGAUCAGCGUGGUGGAUCCCACUUUUCAAGCCAGUCAAAUAAAUUCCUGCAGUCCAUUCAGCAGAAGGACAGGGGGUCAGUGCAAGCACCUGAGAUAAGCAGCAAUUCCAUUAAGGACUCUUUAGCUGUGAAUGAAAAGAAAGAUCUUACAAAAAACUUAGAGAAAAAUGACAUGAAAGAUAGAGGGCCUCUUAAAAAAAGGAGGCCGGAAUUGGAGAGUGAUUCUGAAAGCGAUGGUGAGCUUCAGGAUAGAAAGAAAGUUAGAAUGGAGGUAGAGCUGGGAGAGACAGCAGUGCCUUCAGGCUCUGCACUAGUGGGACCUUCCUGUGUCAUGGAUGACUUCAGGGACCCUCAGCGAUGGAAGGAGUGUGCCAAGCAGGGGAAGAUGCCUUGUUACUUCGAUCUUAUUGAAGAAAAUGUUUAUUUAACAGAAAGAAAGAAGAAUAAAUCCCAUCGGGACAUUAAGCGAAUGCAGUGUGAGUGUACACCUCUUUCUAAAGAUGAAAGGGCUCAAGGUGAAAUAGCAUGCGGCGAAGAUUGUCUUAAUCGUCUCCUUAUGAUUGAGUGUUCUUCUCGGUGUCCAAAUGGGGAUUAUUGUUCCAAUAGACGGUUUCAGAGAAAACAGCAUGCAGAUGUGGAAGUCAUACUCACAGAAAAGAAAGGCUGGGGCUUGAGAGCAGCCAGAGAUCUACCUUCGAACACCUUUGUGCUGGAAUAUUGUGGAGAGGUACUUGAUCAUAAAGAGUUUAAAGCCCGGGUGAAGGAGUACGCACGAAAUAAAAACAUCCACUACUAUUUCAUGGCCCUGAAGAAUGAUGAGAUAAUAGAUGCCACUCAGAAAGGAAAUUGCUCUCGUUUUAUGAAUCAUAGCUGUGAACCAAACUGUGAAACCCAAAAAUGGACUGUGAAUGGACAACUGAGAGUUGGGUUUUUUACCACCAAACUGGUUCCUUCAGGAUCAGAGUUAACAUUUGACUAUCAGUUCCAAAGAUACGGAAAAGAGGCUCAGAAAUGUUUCUGCGGGUCAGCUAAUUGCCGGGGUUACCUGGGAGGAGAGAACAGAGUCAGCAUUCGAGCAGCAGGAGGGAAGAUGAAGAAGGAGCGAUCCCGUAAGAAGGAUUCAGUGGAUGGAGAACUGGAAGCUCUGAUGGAAAAUGGUGAAGGUCUCUCGGAUAAAAACCAGGUGCUCAGCUUAUCCCGCCUGAUGGUUAGAAUUGAAACUUUGGAGCAGAAACUUACCUGUCUUAAGCUCAUACAGAACACACACUCACAGUCCUGCCUGAAAUCCUUUCUGGAACGUCAUGGACUGUCUUUGCUGUGGAUCUGGAUGGCAGAGCUAGGUGAUGGCCGGGAAAGUAACCAGAAGCUUCAGGAAGAGAUUAUAAAGACUUUGGAACACUUGCCCAUUCCUACUAAAAAUAUGUUGGAAGAAAGCAAAGUACUUCCAGUCAUUCAACGUUGGUCUCAGACCAAGACUGCUGUCCCUCAGUUGAGUGAAGGAGAUGGGUAUUCUAGUGAGAACACAUCACGUGCUCACACACCACUCAACACACCUGAUCCUUCUACCAAGUUGAGCAUGGAAGCUGAUAUAGAAACCCCCAAGAAGCUCAUGUUUCGUAGACUUAAAAUUAUAAGUGAAAAUAGCAUGGACAGUGCAAUUUCUGAUGCUACCAGUGAACUAGAAGGCAAGGAUGGCAAAGAGGACCUUGACCAGUUAGAAAACAUCCCUGUAGAGGAAGAGGAAGAGUUGCAGCCACAACAGCUACUCAUACAACAGCUGUCUGAAUCCAGAGUUGAUGGUGAAGCUGCAGUGGAGGUCAGUAAGCUCCCCAUGUCUGAACCAGAGGCCGACACUGAAAUAGAGCCCAAAGAGGGCAAUGGCACAAAACUGGAAGAACCUAUUGCUGAGGAAACACCAUCCCAAGAUGAAGAGGAGGGUGUUUCUGAUGUGGAGAGCGAAAGGAGCCAGGAACAGCCAGAUAAAACAGUGGAUAUAAGUGAUUUGGCCACCAAGCUCCUGGAUAGUUGGAAAGACCUAAAGCCUCUUGCAGUACCAGAAUACCAGUUGUUAUUGCUCUCCUGGCUCUCUCCUCCACUUGCCCUUCAGACUCAAGCUCAUAAUCUUCUCUUGCAAGAGGUAUAUCGAAUUCCAAAGAAAAGUCAAACUGAAAAGGAGAACACAAUAAUUGAACGAGGAAAGGAUGCUGUUGGCUUCAGAGAUCAAACGGCUGCCCCAAAGACUCCUAACAGGUCAAGAGAGAGAGACCCAGACAAGCAAAUUCAAAAUAAAGAGAAAAGGAAAAGAAGGGGCUCCCUCUCACCACCCUCUUCUGCUUAUGAGCGGGGAACAAAAAGGCCAGAUGACAGAUAUGAUACACCAACUUCUAAAAAGAAAGUACGAAUUAAAGACCGCAAUAAACUUUCUACAGAGGAGCGUCGGAAGUUGUUUGAGCAAGAGGUGGCUCAGCGGGAGGCUCAAAAACAACAGCAGCAGAUGCAGAACCUAGGAAUGACAUCUCCCCUGCCCUAUGACUCUCUUGCAUACAAUGCCGCUCAUCACCCCUUUGCUGGCUACCCACCAGGUUAUCCCAUGCAAGCCUAUGUGGAUCCCAGCAACCCUAAUGCUGGAAAGGUGCUUCUGCCCACACCCAGCAUGGACCCUGUAUGUUCUCCUGCUCCUUACGAUCAUGCUCAGCCAUUGGUGGGACACUCUGCAGAACCCCUUGCUGCCCCUCCACCAGUGCCAGUGGUGCCACAUGUGACAACCCCUGUGGAAGUUUCCAGUUCACAGUAUGUGGCCCAGAGCGAUGGUGUGGUACACCAAGACUCCAGUGUUGCCGUCUUGCCAGUGCCGGCCCCGGGCCCAGUCCAGGGACAGAAUUACGGCGUUUGGGAUUCCAACCAGCAGUCUGUCAGCAGCGUGCAGCAGCAGUACUCCCCCGCGCAGUCUCAAGCAGCCAUGUAUUACCCAGGUCAGACGUGUCCGGCCGUCUACGGUGUGGCCGCACCGUACUCACAGAGCACUCCACCAAUCGUACAGAGUUAUGCGCAGUCAAGUCUUCAGUACAUCCAGGGACAGCAGAUUUUCACAGCUCACCCACAAGGAGUGGUGGUACAGCCAGCCGCAGCCGUGACUACAAUUGUUGCACCAGGGCAGCAGCAGCCCUUACAGCCACCUGAAGUGGUUGUGACAAAUAAUCUCCUGGAUCUGCCACCUCCUUCUCCUCCCAAACCAAAAACUAUUGUCUUACCUCCCAACUGGAAGACAGCCCGAGAUCCCGAAGGGAAGAUUUAUUACUACCAUGUUAUCACAAGGCAGACUCAGUGGGAUCCUCCUACUUGGGAAAGCCCUGGAGAUGAUGCCAGCCUUGACCAUGAAGCUGAGAUGGACCUAGGAACCCCAACUUAUGAUGAAAAUCCCAUGAAGUUAUAGAUUAUUCCUCUGUGGAGAAGGAAGCUUGGAGGAGACAAAGCUGGAUAAAUCUGGCUGUGUGACUGGGGUGUCCACAGCUUAACCACUUCACCUUCCUCCCAUGCCGGGCCAGAGCUUCCGUCAGCCGCCUCCAGGACUCCACUCCCACCCCUGCAAGCCUGUACAUCUGGCCCCGCCAGUUCAGCCCACUUUGGGAAGUCAUUAAACUCACACAUAUUUCUUCCAAACACCCUCUCAGGUGCCUCUUUCUUUCCUCCCUUCCCACCCCAUAGCAAUUUUGAGCUUCAGGAUCUCAGGCAGCAUAGGAGCUGGGAGCCCAGAACAGGCACCCACUGGCUCAGUGGUGCCUGCACAUCUGGGCUGUGGUCACAGAGGAAGAUGGCCCCACGCGUCUUCCACGUGGCAGCUGGACCUGGUGCAGUGCCAGCAGAAGGGAGUGGAGGGUGCAGGGCAUCAUGUCCUAGCUUUCUGGAGACUCCUUGAGGAGAGGGGACACUUCACAGCAGUUGCUGCCAUGCCCACCAUCUCACUGAAGUGCAAAAUAGAUAGUAGAUUUUUUAUUAUUGUUGGAAAUGCAAGAUAUCAGAUAAUGAGGUAGUUGAUAAGUGAGGAGACAUCUAUAGAGGGAGAUAAUGUGGUAGGAGGCAAUCAAAGAAAGGUUCAGAGUAGGUAAUAUUUGAAUUGGGAAUCUCACUAGUCCUAGUGUGACCCAGGGAGUUAUGUUCCAGGCUCUAAGGAUUAUCUGCUCAUCUCCUUCCACAUUUUUCCUGAACACUUCUCCAUGGCUAAAGAGAAAAGGGAAGAUCAUGUAGUGAGUUUUCCUUAUAACUAAACUUAUUACAUCUAAAAACCUACCUUUAGCCGGCUUUUUGACUCACUCUCUUGGAGUUAAAAUAUUCUUGCUUUUAAAGUGAUUGUGGUGGUUCGCAUUUUUGUUUUUGUUUUUGUUUUUAUUAAUGCCCUGGAAAAAUAAAAAGUUAGCAGCUCAGUGUUGCUCCCCCUCCCUCCCCAAUUUUUAUUUUUUUUACCAGAUUCAUAGAGUCAAAGGUUUGGGAAGCACUGUUUUAAUAUACCUGAACAUGAAACAAAGGGGAGGGUGAAAUGAUAGCCAGUUUAGUUAGGUUAGAACCUAGGAAGCUGAGAGAAUUGAACUGUAGUUAGCACUGUGACUGUUUCAUUCAGCGGCUGUUUCCUGACUACAUACGUGGAUCAGGCCACAUGUUCGAUGCCCUGCCCAUGCUAGGCCAGGUUCCCUUCACUGGUUCAUUAUCCAUUCUGUGUAUAGGUGUGUGUGUGUGUGUGUCGGUGAGUGGGUACAUGUGUAGACGUGUUUACACACACACACACAGAAAGCAAAAGAAACUUAACAUGUUCUAUGUAAGACUGUAGCUUCUCAAUUCCUGCCCUAGAGUUAGUUUAUAAUAAAUAAGUACACUGAAUUCCAGGAAAACUCAAGUACCCUAAAGUAAUAUGAUAUUCAUAGUGACAACAAUGGAAAAAUAGGUGGGUGUGAUUAGGUUUCAGUGGAAAAUUCCUUGUUCUAAUUUAUAAUGUAACUGAACAUGCCAGAGUGAAUUCAAAGUUAGGCUAGGGUUAAUACUUUUCUAUUUUUUUUUUUAAAGGAAACAGAUGGCAGAGUAACACACUAUUAGUUUGGUUAAUUACAUUUAAAAGUUGAGAGAGGAUAGUCAGGUUUUAAAGUUCACAGAUGGAUUACGUAAGGACACACACACAUAAACACAUGGAUUAUAAUAUAUGAAGCUCUUAAUGCUUGCCUAAAUUGUAAAAGCCUGUGGCAUUGAAGGGCCAGACUUAAGUCAGAAUAAAUGAUAAGACUAUUGUGGCUAUAACUUGAACAUACAGGAAGGGAAAGAGCACUGUACUAAAUUUAAUGUCUAAUUCAAAAAUAACUGUGAUAUAUUGGUGUCCCCAUAUAUGUUGAGGGGGAGUAUAUGUGUAAAGAUAAGAGGGAGUGGGAAAUUAUAAAGAACUGCCUCAGGGGAGUUACAGAGUAAGGCUUUUAAUGGUUAACCUAAGACGGUAUUUUCCAGAGAUGAUUAGAGAGAAGCUUUGCCAUUAUUAUUAUUCUCCAUAGGGUGUGUGUGUGUAAAGUCUGUCCUGGAAUUCAAAUAAUAACAAUGAGAGUACACAAAGUAAUUAACUUGCCACAUGUAUUUCCUGUUGUGAUCAAAUAGUUAAAGGGAGAGGUAUCUUCUCUCCCAAAAAGAAUUACAAUCACAAUAAGACAGGGGUCAUUCAGUUCUUUGAGUCAAAGUGUUAAGAAUAGUAAGGUUUGACCUGUUAAUGAUAUAGUUGUAUCAUUUCUACCUGAGCAGAUGACAAAAAUCAAUUUGAGGAGGUUUUACACCUAAUGUUUUGAUCUUAGGAAAAAGAUACCUUUGGUAGGUAACCAGCUCUGAACAUUCUAGCUGUAUAAUUAUAAUUAAGAAGAAUUGUCUUAACGGUGACCAUUUCCUUUGUCUAAACUUGCUUCCUUAUUCUUGUUCCUAAAACACUUUCUUUUACUGUUUGUGACACAUUUACUAUUACAUCUUUGUAUUUGAAAAUGUACUUUCAGUUUUAUGUGACAAAAAUGCAGCUCAAACCAGUAUAAACAUAAAAAAGAGAUGUAUUGGUUUGAAAGUCAAGAGCAGUGUUGGGUACAUUCUGUGGCUCAGAUGAUGGUAUCAGGAUCCUUGCCAUCUCUGGUUCUACUUCUCUCCAUAUGUGAAACAAGGUGAGAGUCAAAUCUGGAAAUCCUUUUAAGGAAAAGUAGCUCAAUAGUUACGGGAUUUUUUAAUUAAUUUAUUUAUUUUAUAAAUCACAGUGCUGGGGUUGAGGGUAAGAGAAGAUAGUAAGUGAUGUGCUCUAGAUCCAUUGCUCAAGUAGCUUACUGGUAAUGGGGAUGGUCACCAAGACCCCUGUGUUAACUGGCCUGAAUUUUCAGUCAGAAAUACAUACAUAUAGAAUUGUGUGAGUCUGAGAGGUGCUGAGAACCCAGACUGCCAUAGUUGACAUAUCGAUACAUCAGUCAUCAAUUUCUCUAUAUCCAGGAGCUCAGUCGCUCUCAGCUCUUAUGAUGUCACACAUUCCUCUAGACUCUAAGCCAUUCGCUUUCUACCUCACUUCUUCAAGCCUGUCCUUACCUACAUUGGCAGUCCUGCACCACCUACCUCCUGAGCAUGGGCACUAGUGGUUGCUUAUAGCUGUUAAUGAUUUUUCAUCCCUAGAGUACAGAAGAAGAAAUUCAACCAGAGGAAGUUGGGAGGACCUUGGGGGAGGUGGCAUUUGAACAUGUCUUUAAAGGAUAAAAAAUUUUCCAGUAGGCAAAGACAGGCUAAAGGGAAUGCUGGGGCAAAAGCAAGGAAGGGGUAAGUUUAAGAUAUGUUUGGAGAAUGGUUCUGUUUAUUUGUGGGAGGAGCACAGGCAUGAUAAAAGUUAUCUUCAAGCACGAGAUGGGAAGGGCAUUGUAAGGAUGUGUCUUGGGGGUUUUAAAUGUUGUAAAAGAAUAUGAAUUUUAAUCUGCGUGAGAAACUUCUGAAUAUUUUAGUAAAGUUUAUCAUCAUUGUCUGCCAUAGAAUGAUACUAGGAAAACAAGUUAAUUCUGUUUUUAAGAUCUUCCAAUGCAUUUCUGUUGAAUGAUAAUGGUUGAUGUGAAAUAUCAUUUGAGGAUCUUUGCAUAUGAAUAGUGAGCAAAAUUUUGGUGUUGUUUGGGUUAAAAAAAAAAAAAAAAAGGAAGAGUGUGUCUAUGAAUCCACUUGAACACUGAGCCCCCAACUCUGGACCCAUAGGAGCAGGGAAAGGGCUGACCAGCACCCCCAGUAGAAGGCUGCACCUGUAUGUGGGGAGCUUUCUGUGUUGGCAGUGAUAAGGGGAAUCAUCUGCCUUUAGGAAUGUUUCCAUUAGUUAGUGAAGGGCAUUUGUGGCCAUGUGUGAAAGAGAGCCUUUCUUCAGAGGUUUUUCAAAAUUUAUUCAGAGAAGAAUAAAACGUAUACGAAACUUUCCAUAAGCAAGUAUUCACCAAUGUGUGUAGAUUUUUCCUUAAGAUUCUUGUGGUGAAAUGAGUUCCUUUAUAUGGCCUUUUGCCUUGGUUCUUUGAAAAAAACAGCUUGAGAGAUUCUUCCCCUAAGCUCUGAAAAGUUACCUUUGCUUUAGUUUUGUACCCCAGAGGGUUUGUUACUCUUGUCCAGGUUGAUUGACAUUUCGUAGGCAAGCUGUAAAGAACUUGACUUUUUGUCUGGCUCUGGGCUACAGCCUGCCCUAUGAUUGGUAUGCAUCUUUCAAGGACUGGUCAAUAUAACUAUUCAAAUGCAGUCACUAUAGACUACAAAUGAAGUGGUUAUAGCCUAGUAUGCAAAUGAGGUUUCUGUGGCCUACUGGGAGGGGAUUGGUCAGUUUAUGGCCCCUGCUGAGAAGGGCCAUGCCUUGAAAUUGACAAGGAGUUGUGUAUAUAUGCAGCCAGCCCAACAGGUUUUUCAGACAGAGAAGCAGAAGGAAGGGAGAAGAAUCAGAGUGAGGAGGCAAGGAACCUCCUAAAAGAGCUGUAAUAUGGGUCAAGAGCUGUAACACUGAAGACGGCAACAGGCUCAGGAGGGGCCUUGCAGCAGAGUUGGUGGUGACAGACUGCAAGGCCAAGAGAAGCCUGUCCUCAGGGGGCCAAGAGGAGGCUUGUACUCAGGGUUCUGAGAGGAAGCCUGCAUGGCCGAGAGGAGCUGAUAGAGCUAUCCCGCACUGAAGAAGGGAGACUUUACCUACAUGCUUCCUGGUCCUGAUCCUGAUCCAGAGUUGUAGCCUGUUGAUCCUGAUCCCAAGCUGUAACCUGUUGCUUCCCUAAUAAACCCCGUAACUGUGAGUGUGGUCUGUGAGUUCUGUGUGGCAAUUGUAACAUACUACUGAACCCAGCAAAGAAGUAAAAGUGCCUUGGAAGGGACAGCUGAUGUCAGAAUUGGUAAAAAGGUUGGAGAGUGAAGAUGUCUGACCUCCACCUCAUAGGCAUCAGCCUUGGGCUGAUGGUGAUAAUUAUUCUCUUUCCUCCCCUUCCUGAAGUUAGAGGAGGUCAGACACCCCUGCGCCACCAUUUUUUUUACAUUGAGUUUCUGAAUUUUGUUGUCUUUCAUUAAGGAGUGUUGAGCUUUGUUCUGGUAGCCAGUUAACCUUACUUCUUUAGAGACUUUUUUUUCAUCACUGUUAAAUUGGGUUUAGAAUAGCCUUUCAUAGAGGGUGGCUCCUAAGGAGUGGCCUUUUUGAAAUCUCCACUGUAUGCCCCGUGUUAACACUGAGGUCUCUCUGCUCUGUCUUCCAGCCUCCUGUUAGCGCUGGGAUUGUUAGCUUAUAGCUUGCCUGUUAGCUUAUAGCUGCCUGGUCGUCGUUCUUUCCCCAGUAGUUUUUUUGUCUGACCUAGGAGUCCCUGGGAGGUGCAAAUGGUUAUUGCACUUGACUGAUAACCUAAAGGUUGAAGGAUUGAGUCUACCCAGAGGUACCUCAGAAGAAAGUCCUAGCGAUCUACUUCCAAAAAAUCAGCCAUUGAGAACCCUUUUGCAGAGUUUAGGCUGAAUUGUGUAUAUGGUAUUUUUGAUGGCUCAGCUUCAUCUGUUUCUUGAUUCAGAUUGCUUCAAAAGUUACCGUUCCUCGUUGAAUAAUGUUUUAUAUUUCAUGUUCCAAUGGGUAGUAAUUAAAUUCAGGGAGAAGGAAAUGUUAGCUGGGUAUAUUCUGCCCUCCUUUGUUAGGACUCAUUUCUGUAACCUCUCAAGCCACACCCCAGGUCCCAAGGCACAUGAGCUUUGUGACAUGCUUGUGUCUGUACAAACCAUGGGGCAGUUCUACUCUGUCAUAUAGGGUCACUAUGAGUUGGAAUCGACUCGACAGUAGUGGGUUUGGUUUUGUGUGUGUAUGUGUGUGUGUGUGUGUGUCUGUACAUAUAAUAAAGGAUGGAGUUUGCAUUUGUUGUGUUACAUAUUGACUUUCGGUUUCCAGACCACCCAACAAGUUUAAGGUCAUCGGCAACUAAGCCAGAAGGGCUUAAACCUCACAUUAAGUAAUGUGAAGCUACUUAGGCCUCCCUUAUCAUAUUCAGACCAGAUUCCUUGAGAACCCAGUUGUGCCACAGAUGAAGGCUGAUAGCAGGGUUAGCUUCUGAAGGUAGUAAGCACCAACAUUUCUGCCAGGCCCUCUAGCUGCAGAUCUCAUUGUAUGCACCUCAUCUGGCCGCUGCUUUGGUAGAUUCCCAGAGAAACAAGGCAAACCAAUUAUCACUGAGGACCUGGGAACACUACCUUUUUAAUGUAUCAUAGCCACCGCCGCCCCCUUCUCUGGUGGAUUCCUAGAAUCAUAGACUCUCAGGCCACUUGCUGCAUACUUGACAAGUAGAUGUUCACUGGUCCAGUCUAAUGUCCUUCCUGUGCAGUUAAUUAUGCUUGGUUUUAAAAGUUUGGGCCGUUUAUAUAUUGUAGAAAUACUUAGAUUUUUAAAUGGGACUUUUGGAGGUUAGGGGAAUUCCAAAGUUUUUCAUGUCCGUGGCCUUCAGGUACUAUCCUUGGCUCUGACUCUAGCUCCUGCCCUGACUUGGCGCUAGACUUGACUAAGCAUUAGCCAGGUUCUGAAAUUAUUUCCCAUGCCAUUUGCAGACUGUAGACAAAGAAAAGAGAAGCACAUGAAUUUCAGAUACUCCCUAGUACUUCAUUUUUGUUCUUGAUUUCUGUGAUAAGUCCAGGACUCUUCAUUUGAACAUUGCCUUUCUCAAUCCCACUUGCUCAGUGCUCAAAAGGACCAAGAGAGCUCGUAGAUAGAGCUCAGUGGAUUGUGCUCCCUGUGUUUUUAAAGCCCUCCCAACCUCAACAAGUCAGGGAUUAAAUUAGAAAACUAUUAAAUAUAUACUGGAUUUAUUUAGCUUUCUGAACACAUAACCCAUUCAGAGGGAAGCAGAACAUUCCUAGUCACAUAGUACCCUCACUUAGAGCCUGGCCUCUUCCCUAGACGAGGAGCCUUGAGUUGGUUGUCAUCCCUGAAGGGGCUUUCUAUACUUGUUGCUGUUGCUACCCACUUCUGAGUUCUACAGGGGAACAGCUGGGGAUGUGUUAAAGUUUCCUUGGCUUAUUCAAGCAACUCUUGAUCCUUGUUACCCAAGGUCUUGUUCUGAAACACACCCACACUUUGUCUACAACUGAAAAAAUAACCACAGAAUCCCACACUGAAACAUUUGAAAGUAGUUACUUGUGUUUUUGUUUUUUUUUGUUUCCUGAAAACAGAGGCUGGAUCUGUUUGUUCUUCCUACCCUGCCCUUCAUUCCCUUACUCCCACAGUCAAGGGAGGAAAGGAAAAAAAAUGAAGAAUAUAUAAAGCUUUUAUAACAAAUCAGAGAAAGCUGAUUUACAGCAGCCCAAAGCCAAGGGAGUGCCACCUUUGCCUGGGCCUCAGCCAGAGCAGAGGGAGUUGAACAGCUUCUUCCCCAGCACCCUUAUAUUGUUUAUGGAAAGGGGAGAAGCAGAACCAGGAGAAGGGUGGGGAAAUAGAAAAAAUUCCCUACUCUAAACCCCUAGCAAAAGCAUGAAGUACCCAUAAUCACAUCUGCAGCUUCUCGAUCCAUCAUGAGUGGCCUGUAUUCAGAGGAAUGUUCGUAAUUAUUCUCUGCCGUGGAAAAGUUCACUCACUGAGAAGGGGCUUGGUGGCUGGCUGGUGAUGGGCAAAGGUGUAGAUGGCCUGCAUAGCAGGUGCUCGGAAUGCCAGGGCUGUGAGCCCCUGACUCUUGGCAGUGCCUGGUCAGGGAAAACUUGCCCGCCUCGUUCUCCAGCGGUGCUGAAAGGAGGGAGUGUUCCUGGCUUUGUCAGCAUCUUGCUAGGUUAGGACAGAUUAGCUUCACUAUUUUAGGAUCUGCUCAUUUGCUCCCUGUCUUGGAUGACCCUAUUUUCUUCUGUUCUAAUCUCUUGAGAGCCUGGAGGCACAGCGGUUAAAGCACUCAGCUGCUGACCAAAAGGUUAGCAGUUCAAACCCCCCAGCCGCUCCAUGGAGGAAUGAUGUGGCAGUCUGCUUCCAUAAAGAUUUACAGCCUUAGAAACCCUAUGGGGGCAGUUCUGCUCUGUCCUAUAGGGUCGCUGUGAGUUGGAAUUGACUCAGUGGCAGUGGGUGGGUUAAUCGCUUGAUACCUGCUUAGUCUUUCUGUUCCUGAUCUGGAGGUGUAAGAAGCCUCUCCUACAUGCUGAGGCUGUCUCCCAUAGUACGGCCAGUCCUGCCUUUGAAGGAAAGUUGGUGAACAUCCAAGGGGGGUGAAUGGACUUGGAUGUGGGCCAUGGUGUGGAACCAGUUAUGUGGGGAAAGGUUUUCGAAACAUGUUUUGCUUCUGUCCUGGGAUCCUACAAUGUCAGAGCUGGGAGAAAUGUAGUUUGUUGAGCCCAGGCUCAACUUGACAGUCAAGUGGAGGAGCCAGAGCUCAGAACAGGGACAUGAGUGGUCCAGGGUCAAACAGUAUAUUCCACUGCAGAGGCAGUGACCCUGAAACAACUGGAAAUGGUUAGCAUACAUCAAGGAUGUAGCUGUGACUUAGAGUAGAAGAUUGGAACCAGCUGACAAGAUUGAAUCAUAAGAUAAUGGUGACAGCAUCCAGGUUAACUCUAGGCCAUGCCGCUGAACCAGGACUCCUAAAUAGAUCCUACUACCAAGAGUCAGGUGUCCCAACUGGGGAAAAGAAAGGAAGGUUCUGGGACAGCAGGGCAUCACUAAGCUAACUUCUCAUGUCAGCACUGUUAUAUUUUCU